CUUUUCGUGCGCGGUUGCUAAGGAGACGCGGCGGCCGUGGAUGGCGGGUCGUUGAAACUGAGAGCUUUGGGGAGGCUGAUGGCUUUUAGCAAGUCACCUAGGGUUCAUAAAAUUGGAGCCAUGUCUUCCACUUAUCAAGAAGAACUUUUACAAUUUCACUUAGAAAAUCUGAAAGGAAAACAGAGCCAAAAACUAAGGCCAUCUUUUACAGUUACAAAAGAGUUCAUCUUGAAAUUUAAUCGAACACGGGAUUUGGUGAACAAGGAAAAAUUAUUGGAACAAGCUAGAAAAAAUAUUCUCAGAUGUAAGAGAAAAUUGGGUCUGAAAACUCUGGGCUCUGGGAAGCAUGUGCAUCUACCAUCUGCAUGGAUUGAAGUGACAUAUCUGGCUCAGUGCAAAGGAGAAAUCCAAGAUGAAGCUUUAGGUAUCCUCUAUGCUUCUCUGGACCAUGCUUCCUUCACUUAUGACCAGCUGCCUGCUUUGUUUUUUGUGGCAGAGUCAGUUUUAUAUAGACUCUGUUGUGAUGCAUUCAAGAAGGCAUUUUUAUAUUCAGUUGAGAUAAAGUUGGCAAAGAUUGGCUAUUUGGUCUUCUUACGACUCUUUGUAUUUUUCCUGCAUGGUCAUCUAGAAAGCUUCAAAGAACAUUUACUUAGGCUCCGACCAUAUUUAUUUGCACUUUCUUCUUCUGAAAUAUCCUAUUACAAGUAUCCAAACAUAUUUUCAAAUGUGCAAUUCAUCCUGAAAACAUCGCAAAUUAUGUAUAAAAAAGAACUCAUUAAAAAAACUUUCAGCACUGAAGAAAAUAUGGAAGAAUUCGAAAAUAAUUAUUCUGACAUGGACCAUUUGCAAUUUAAUCAGGGAGGAUAUAAAGUUAACCACCUGCUCUGGCAUUGUGUUGCCGCUUGGUCUUGUGUUCAGAAUAAUAGUCCUCAGCUGAAUAAUGUGCUGGAGCAUCUCAUCUCCCAUAAAACACAGCUUCAAAACAAAUGCUGGCUAGAUACAGAACUGGCUUUGCUUGUCCUUGGGGAGGCUGCCAAAUUGAACAUGGCCUGCUUGAAGACUUUAAUGGACCUAAUGAAAGACUUUCUUUCAAACAUUUUGUCUACUCAAAGUCAGGGAGAAAGUUAUGAGAAAGAUUGUCUUUCUUGGGCCUGGAAUAUAGUCUAUAUAUACACAACGAUUAUUGCAGAAAUCUGCUUGUAUGCAGCUACUUCUGAUUUGCGAAAAACUGCUUUAAUUGGGUUCUGUUACUGUAAGAGUGCACAAAAAUCUUAUUUCCCAAUGGAAAAAUCAGAAUACCCAGAAUUACGGGAAACAAGUAUUUUAAGUCUUUUGGAGUAUUUCUCUUCAAAACUGUCAGAUAAUUGUGAUCAAGUAUUCUAUUUUGAAACUGAAAAUGCUGAAUUAAAUGACAAGACGGAUCCUUUCACUAGAGACAACAUAAAAGUUUCAGUAAGUGCAGGGGAAGAAGUUUUUGCUAAGUACAUUGGAUGGAGAAUUGCCAACACACUUUCCAAACUGUUCUUUCCUUGUCCUGAUUACGACAUCCUUCCUUUGAAGAAACCAGUCAUAAAAUGCCAUCAAAUAAAUAUCAAAUAUCCAAGUGAAAAACAGGAGCCCAUGAAAAGGAGAGUUAUACAGUUUUCUAUCAGGGAAUAUCGUGGGUUAGAACUUCCUUUGUUUCCAUAUCCAGAUUAUUUCGCCCGGGAGGAUAAAGAGCUGGCAAAAAUCAUUGACCACCAUUGGCAGGAAGAGAUGGCGAUUCGAAUGGAGGAAGAAGCAAUAUUGGAAGCCAAAGAAUUGAGUGAGAAAGAGUUAGAAGAAGAAACACGCUUUCAAGAAAUUAUGAAGAAAAGAGAAGAGAAAUUGCAUAAACAAACCAAACCAUAUGAGCUUCCUUCAAAGACAGCAGUAAUUUCAUUAGAACAAAAAAAUCUCUCCAAAUAAAUAGAAAGCCAUCUGCCAGAAAUUAAUACCAAAAGCCCCCCAACAAACAAACAUAGAGAUAGCUUCAUGUUAUGA